GGGCGGGGCGCCGGGACCGCGAGUUCCGGGUUCAUGGGCCGCAGGUCCGCAGCGGCCGUGACCUCUGGCGCCGGUCUGGAGGCGCAGCUAUGGCACGGAAGCCCGGCCUCCUCCUGCCGUUGCUGCUGUUGCUGCUCGGCCCAGCCCCGGCGCGCAGCUUCGGCCAGCUGCCCUUGAUCCUCAACACUUGGCCUUUCAAGAAUGCAACCAUGGCAGCGUGGAAGAUGUUGGCGGCUGGAGGUUCGGCCCUGGACGCAGUUGAGAGCGGCUGCGCGACGUGCGAGCAGCAGCAGUGCGACGGCAGCGUGGGCUUCGGGGGCAGCCCGGACGAGUCGGGGGAGACCACGCUGGAUGCCAUGAUCAUGGACGGCACUACCAUGAACGUGGGAGCAGUAGGAGAUCUUAGACGAAUUAAAAACGCCAUUGGCGUGGCACGCAAAGUCCUGGAACACACGACACACACGCUGUUAGCAGGCGAGGCAGCCACUAAGUUUGCCGAAAGCAUGGGCUUUAUCAAUGAGGAUUUAUCCACCAACGUUUCUCAGGCUCUUCAUUCAGACUGGCUUGCUCGGAAUUGCCAACCAAAUUACUGGAAGAAUGUUAUACCAGAUUCUUCAAAAUACUGUGGACCCUACAAACCACCUACUAUCUUAAAACGAGAUGGUAUCGCCUACAAAGAUCCAGCACACAGUUACAGUCAUGAUACUAUUGGCAUGGUUGUCAUCCAUAAGAUGGGAAAUAUUGCUGCUGGUACAUCUACAAAUGGUAUAAAAUUCAAAAUACCUGGCCGAAUAGGAGACUCACCGAUACCUGGGUCUGGGGCCUAUGCUGACGACAUGGUGGGGGCCGCGGCAGCCACAGGCGACGGGGACAUCCUGAUGCGCUUCGUCCCAAGCUAUCAAGCUGUAGAAUAUAUGAGAAGAGGGGAAAAUCCAACCACAGCGUGUGAAAAAGUGAUCUCAAGAAUCCAGAAGUAUUUUCCCAAAUUCUUUGGGGCUGUGAUAUGUGCCAACGUGACCGGAAGUUAUGGUGCUGCUUGCAAUAAACUUUCAACAUUUACUCAGUUUCAGUUCAUGGUUUAUAAUCCUCUAAAAAGUGAGCCAACUGAGGAAAAAGUAGACUGCAUCUAAUCCAUCUUUUCUGUCAGCAUCUAUAUUUAAAGAAACAGAAGCUGAAAAGUCUACUCACUGUCAUCGAAUAAUGUGCCUCGUGUAUUCUAAACUCUGUAAAAUAAGCACAAAAAUAAAUUUUAUGCUGAAACAGCAUUUUCACUUUCUAUGUGUGGAAAAAAAAUUUUUGUUUUUACUUAAGCUUUAUGUAUCCCCUGAAAAUGAAUAUGUGUGUGUAUUUUGUACAUGUUUAAUUUUAAGUGAUCUCUGGAUUUCUGUUCAGUGUUUCAAGAAAUUUCUACUUUGGGGAUUUAUUUCCAUAGUAAUAUAGUAAAGGCACAAAACAAAUCUGUAUUUGGAUACUUAAAUAGGUAGAGUAGCCAAGAUACUUAGACCCAAAGGAAGAAUAAUGAUGAGUCCCACCAUGAUACACUCUAACUGAAUUUCAGUACCUUUACAGUAGUAUGUCUCUUAAUGACUUAUUAUCAGUUAUACAUAGUAUGGUCUUCUAGCCUGAAGAGGAAAGAAUGCUGUUAAUAUUACAGGUGCAUUGUGUUUUGCACAUAUUAGAAAAUGUGGGCAUCUUCUGGUGAGCAGCCAUGUUGAUUUUCUUGGACUUUUUCAUCUAAUGGAGCUCUCAACCUGUGAAGGUUUGUUAGCCACAAAAAUCUCUAAAUUUUUAGCUAUAAGUAUUUAGUACUGAUAAUUUUUUCUGCAAGUUGAUUUAGAGAACUUGAUCUGUACUGUGGUUUUAUGAAUCUCCUGUACAGAGGCUAGCAGUGAGUCAGUGCCUCUUGUCCGCCUUGCUUUCCUGAGCACUCAGUCAGCCGUCUGUGGACAGCCGUCCUGAACUGUACAUGUGUGUGCUCAUUAGCAUCUCUGCCUUCAUGACCUUGUACAUCAGGAGUCAUUAAUAAAGCUGCAUGUACAA